AUGACUCAAGUAGCUUUCUUUGUCUGUUCAUAUCUAUCUAUCUAUCUAUCUAUCUAUCUAUCUAUCUAUCACAGUCAUUUGGUAUCUCUCUAUCUAUCCCAGUCACUUGGUAUCUAUCUAUCUAUCUAUCUAUCUAUCUAUCUAUCUAUCUAUCUAUCUAUCACAUACCUUGAUCUAUCUAUCUAUCUAUCUAUCUAUCUAUCUAUCUAUCUAUCUAUCUAUCUAUCUAUCACAUACCUUGGUAUCUAUCUAUCUAUCUAUCUAUCUAUCUAUGACAGUACCUUGGUAUCUGUCUAUCUAUCUAUCUAUCUAUCUAUGACAGUACCUUGGUAUCUAUCUAUCUAUCUAUCUAUCUAUCUAUCUAUCUAUCUAUCUAUCUAUCUGUCACACUCCGAACCUUACAAGAGAUCACCGGAUGGCACGGUCCUCAGCAGGCGAAAUGGGGAAUGCCACAAUCCUCGAAAGAUUCCUUUCGCGUGUCUUUAUAACGUUUCUUUCGUCUGGCGAGUGAGCGCUUGCCUGUGCAUAGAUCACCAUAGAGCAGUCUCUUUGGAAGUCGACAAUCAGCCAUGCGGCGAACGUGGAGCUGAUAACGCAGUAGGAUGUCACGGAUGGUCUCCAUCCCAGCACGCUAAAGCACUUCAGUGUCUGGGACUCAGUCCUGUCACUUUACACGGAGCAGGGUCCUGA